AUGCCUAAAGCCAUCAUAGGGAGCUGUGUUCUGGUUCUCCUCCUGCUAAGUAGUAAUGUGGUGAAUUUAUUCCAUUAUGCGGAAUGCAGAUGUUUUGAUGAUGCCCACGUUAGUACCGCUAGUCUUAGGACGGAGGCAAAGUCACACGGAAGCGCAAAACUAAAGCCCCAAUAUUACAACUGCACUUUUAAUAACGUCCCCAAAGGGGGAGGAAGCGUGCUCUAUACGGCAGGCCGCGAGUGGAACAAGAACAAAGUAAGAAGAAAACUUUAUGCCAUCCAUUUCGGAAGCAGCUUUGCUAGACCAAGUAAACAGCGUUCUUCCAAUGACACAGCUGAAGGUGAUCAAAAUGGAGGUAAUGCCAGUCGAACACAAAAUGGAACACACGGGGGGGGCUAUAAAAACACGGACGUGUCCAAACUAAGAAGAAGACCUACUAAUAGCGGUGGAACCCCCAUCCCGCAAAUUUCAAAACCAUUUUUUAUUAACCUAUCUACCCAGAAAGAAGACACAAACAAACGCAGGAACUUCAAAAGGCGCCUACGAAAGUAUGAAGAAUUGUAUGAAAAAUUUACCCCCGAAGUGGAAGAAGAAGAAGAAGAUGGUGAGGAAGAAAUUACAGAAAACCACCAAAGAACUGUCUCAAAUAUCACCAUGAACGAUUGGUACCUACGGAACGAUGAGAAAAAGUACAACAAGACUUUAAUGUAUGACUACCUAUCCAACAUGCACAACACGGAAUAUGAAAACAUAGGCAGCGUAGACAAUUUUAUUAAAAACAAUGAACUAAUCGAAAUGGAGGAGUGGCAAAAAAAAAAAAAACCCUACUUAACAUACAAGUAUAAUUUUAUAUACACACACCCAAUUAAUUUAAAAAGGGACUUCUAUACAUAUAAAUAUUAUAUCCCCAAAUUAGAAACCUACGAAGAAGACAUUUCUACCGAAUCGAAAUAUGUGCCAUCGAAUUUUAACUCUCCAAAGUGUUACAAUAAUUCUCCUAUUAACGCGCUAACCACUAGUGGGUUCACUGCCCGUAAUAUCGACACAUUCGGAAAAGAAAGAAACAAAAUAUAUUCGUUCAACACACCAACCGAUGUUAAGAGAAAUAUAUUUUUUAACGACUUAAUGCUGAUAUCUUCCUCCUACAAUCAACAUUUUUUCCCCAAUUUGAACUUUCUCCUAAAUUUACACACACUGCAAAUACUGAUACGCGAUAAAACUGCCAUAGAAACGGAUUAUCUAAUUAACAAAUUUGACCAACUAAAGGAGAAGCUAAUACAAAGGAAUGAAAAGAAUUCAAAUAAGGCGGAAUGUUCUCCAGAAGGGAAUAACCCCCCCCUUCAUUAUGGAAAGAAACCUACUGAUGACCAGAUUCCUGUGGAUAUCCCCGAAUCUGAGUUACAAAUGAAACGCAGUAACAGCACUCAAAAUGAUACCCCCAGUGUGGCAGAACCCCAGAAAAGUACCCCUAAUCAAUUGGAGAAAAACGAAAAAGACCCAAUGGACGAAGAAAUUUCGCGGAGUUUAACCCACACGAGAAACCUCUUUGAUGACCAAAUUCAAGUCUUCAAAGAAGAAUAUAAUCAAAACAUUUUAGAAGACACAGAAUUUAUCAAUUUGUGGAAGUAUGACGAGAAAGGAGAAAUAGUAGAAAAUUCGAACAGCGUACCCAUCCCGAAAAUUUACCUAAAUAUUGAUGAUCCCAAAUAUUGUAUGUGGAAAAUUUUACAAAAUUCGGGAAAAAGUGCUUUCGCUGAUGUUCCAACUCCCAACCGAAAAUUGGAAGCCUGGAGGCAACAAGUAAAUCUAAAAAAAUUCUACAAACAGAAUUUUAAUAACAGCAUAAGUUUGAGGAAAAUCUCGAAAGAAGAACUAACAAAUUAUAAGAUGAAAAUCGAUGAGGUAGCCUUCCGCAGUGGGAAAAGUGCUCACCAGGAGGAUCCCCAUAGGAAUAAAUCAGAUUCAACUGACCCUGAACAGGGAGAAUUCCCCCCCGAUGGAAGACUUUUUGCAAAUCCGAAUGAGCAAAUUUGCAGCGAAGCAGACGCGAGUGACCAGAACAGUGCUGAGUUAAGUGACUCCACCGGUGAUGAUAGGAAGCCAAGAGGCAACCCCCCCAGGGGGCUAAACGAGGACAUAAAUCAUGCCAAUUAUGUCAAUUGUGCCAAUUCUGCCAAACGCAAAGACGCUUUCUACACUUUAGUCGUUCGCGACGGAAUAGUGGAUGAACACCUGUCCGAUGAUAUAGCCAUCUUGAAAAACUUAGACAAUGAACUGAAGCAGGCAGAUGCAAAGAAUGAAGGUGAACAGAACUCAGUUGAACCUUCCAGCACUAUCAACCAGAAUGAACAAACGAAAAAAAGCAAAAUAUUUGUGGGUAGCUUUUUUAACGUCAAAGAUCCUGAAGUGGAAUAUUUAAUUAACAAAGAGUUGUAUUACAUUCCCGAACAUUCCAAUUGGUACAAAAAAAAUACGCAACCUUUUGUGAGGGGUCAGAUUGGAAAGCAGUCCAGAAAAUUCGAUAACGAUUAUCCCAUUUAUGAUUACAGGAAGAGUGACUUUGGUAUGGCCAAAUUUUCCGCCCUAAAUUUAGCCUCAAUAAAAGAUUGCGCUGUGGUUUACCUAGAUAAAGACAUCGACUUAAGUGACAAGUUUAUUCACGUCAUAUUCAUCCAGACGUCGAAGAAUGAAGACGAUCAAGCGAGUACCAAGGAGGGAGACUACUCAGUGUAUGAAAGUUCGCCAGAGGACGAAUCCGUCCAAGCAACAAAUAAAUCGACCACAAAAGAACAACAUGACAACUACGUUAACGGUGGGGAAGAUGCCCACCACGCAUCACCCAAAGCAAAAGAAAACACACAACCAAUUUUACAAAGCGAAAAGAAGUACACACAAAAAGAACUAACCAAUUAUAUGCACAACCCAGUGACCACCCCCAGACUCGUCGUUUACGUCAAAGGGAAUAGCAAAAUAAACAUCCACGAAUCGCACAUAUCGUUAAACCAGAAUAAUGGAGGCCUCGUAAACGCAUUCUCCAGAAUAGCCAUGGAAGAAAAAUCAAACGUCAAGCACACGUUAUCCCAAGAAUUAGGUAAAAAUGUGUGGUACUUUCACAACGUUUCAGUAAAAAAUGGAUUCAAGGCAAAUUACAAAUUCGCAGAUGUACUUCUGGGUAGCCUAUCAACAAGAGUAAAUUUACAAGUUGAAGGGGAAAAAGGAUGUAAACAAGAAAGUUACGGAUUAUCCUUACUAGAGGAUAAACAAAACAUUAGUCAGUAUGAAAUGUUUCACCAUGAACACCCUAAUAUGGAAACAAAUCAGUUGUUCAAAUUUCUAGUAUCUGAUAAAGGCCAUGCCGUUUGGAGGAGCAGAGGGCGAAUUGAACGAGAUGCAAUAAAGGCCAAGUUAAAUACCCUCUGCAGGUCGGUACUACUAAAUUUUGGAGCCAGUGCCGUUGCUAUACCAACUCUGGAAAUUAUUCCAAGUGAUAUUGAAUGUGCAAACCAUGGAGCAACUAUUAGCGAUUUAGAGGAAGAACCCAUUUUUUCUUUAAUGACAAGAGGAAUAUCUGAAAAAAUUGCCAGACAAAUGAUGAUGAAAGCCUUCGUUAAUGAAAUUCUCGACCACAUACCGGAUGAAAAUCUCAGGGAAAGGGUUCACAAAAAGGUUUUGGAGUUCUCCCUCAAGUAUAGGAAGACAAUUCCCCCAAAUUUGGAGAGACUGAAAAAGUGA